AUGGCACGCCAAUCCAAGAUCCCAUCUGCACAGCCCUCUGUUAGCCCAGCGGAGAGCUUCCAAACCCUGGCCAUCUCAAACCCAUACCAACCCCUCUCCCCUAAACCUAAUCCCAACUCAUCCAAACUAUGGCCGUCUCUGCCCCAUCCCCAACCCCUCUCCCCUAAACCCAACCCCAACUCAUCCAAACUAUGGCCGUCUCAGCCCCAUCCCCAACCCCUCACCCCUAAACCCAACCCCAACUCAUCCAAACUAUGGCCGUCUCAGCCCCAUCCCCAACCCCUCUCCCCUAAACCCAACCCCAACUCAUCCAAACUAUGGCCGUCUCAGCCCCAUCCCCAACCCCUCUCCCCUAAACCCAACCCCAACUCAUCCAAACUAUGGCCGUCUCAGCCCCAUCCCCAACCCCUCUCCCCUAAACCCAACCCCAACUCAUCCAAACUAUGGCCGUCUCAGCCCCAUCCCCAACCCCUCUCCCCUAAACCCAACCCCAACUCAUCCAAACUAUGGCCGUCUCAGCCCCAUCCCCAACCCCUCUCCCCUAAACCCAACCCCAACUCAUCCAAACUAUGGCCGUCUCAGCCCCAUCCCCAACCCCUCUCCCCUAAACCCAACCCCAACUCAUCCAAACUAUGGCCGUCUCAGCCCCAUCCCCAACCCCUCUCCCCUAAACCCAACCCCAACUCAUCCAAACUAUGGCCGUCUCAGCCCCAUCCCCAACCCCUCUCCCCUAAACCCAACCCCAACUCAUCCAAACUAUGGCCGUCUCAGCCCCAUCCCCAACCCCUCUCCCCUAAACCCAACCCCAACUCAUCCAAACUAUGGCCGUCUCAGCCCCAUCCCCAACCCCUCUCCCCUAAACCCAACCCCAACUCAUCCAAACUAUGGCCGUCUCAGCCCCAUCCCCAACCCCUCUCCCCUAAACCCAACCCCAACUCAUCCAAACUAUGGCCGUCUCAGCCCCAUCCCCAACCCCUCCCCCCUAAACCCAACCCCAACUCAUCCAAACUAUGGCCGUCUCAGCCCCAUCCCCAACCCCUCUCCCCUAAACCCAACCCCAACUCAUCCAAACUAUGGCCGUCUCAGCCCCAUCCCCAACCCCUCCCCCCUAAACCCAACCCCAACUCAUCCAAACUAUGGCCGUCUCAGCCCCAUCCCCAACCCCUCCCCCCUAAACCCAACCCCAACUCAUCCAAACUAUGGCCGUCUCAGCCCCAUCCCCAACCCCUCUCCCCUAAACCCAACCCCAACUCAUCCAAACUAUGGCCGUCUCAGCCCCAUCCCCAACCCCUCCCCCCUAAACCCAACCCCAACUCAUCCAAACUAUGGCCGUCUCAGCCCCAUCCCCAACCCCUCCCCCCUAAACCCAACCCCAACUCAUCCAAACUAUGGCCGUCUCAGCCCCAUCCCCAACCCCUCCCCCCUAAACCCAACCCCAACUCAUCCAAACUAUGGCCGUCUCAGCCCCAUCCCCAACCCCUCCCCCCUAAACCCAACCCCAACUCAUCCAAACUAUGGCCGUCUCAGCCCCAUCCCCAUCCCCUCUCCCCUAAACCCAACCCCAACUCAUCCAAACUAUGGCCGUCUCAGCCCCAUCCCCAACCCCUCCCCCCUAAACCCAACCCCAACUCAUCCAAACUAUGGCCGUCUCAGCCCCAUCCCCAACCCCUCUCCCCUAAACCCAACCCCAACUCAUCCAAACUAUGGCCGUCUCUGCCCCAUCCCCAACCCCUCCCCCCUAAACCCAACCCCAACUCAUCCAAACUAUGGCCGUCUCAGCCCCAUCCCCAACCCCUCCCCCUAACCCAACCCCAACUCAUCCAAACUAUGGCCGUCUCAGCCCCAUCCCCAUCACAGUCACACAGAUGA